GAAGUAUCAAGAACUCCAUAUUUUUAUUCGUAUUAUAUCCGGAACACAUGGUUAUUUUCUAACCUUAAUAAUACGUUUUGGUUUUGGGUAGUGAUUAUUUAGAAAUAUUGAAUGGAAUAUAAGAUAAAAAAAUCAUGUCAAAGCUUUUUAUUUUAUUCGAACAUGCUGCUGGCUAUGCCAUAUUUUCUGUCAGAGAAUUUGAAGAAGUAGGAAUGUUAUUGCCUCAAGUUGAAGCGUCUGUAACAGAUUUGUCUCGUUUUAACUCAGUUGUGAAACUAAUUGGAUUUUCACCUUUUAAAACUGCUUUAACAGCUCUAGAAAGUAUAAAUAAUAUUUCUGAAGGAAUUGCUCCAGAAGAUUUACAGUUAUUUUUAGACUCAUGUAUACCAAAAUCUGGAAAAAAAGAUGAAGUUGUGCUUGGAGUAGCAGAUCCAAAACUUGGAGCUAAUAUUACUGAAGUAUUAAAUAUAAAAUGUGAUCAUACUGGUGCCAUUCCAGAAAUUAUUAGAGGAAUAAGAUUUCAUUUUCAUAAUUUAGUAAAAGGUUUUACUGCUAAAAGUUCUGGAAUUGCACAACUUGGACUUGGUCAUAGUUAUUCUAGAGCUAAAGUUAAAUUCAAUGUUAAUCGUGUGGAUAAUAUGAUCAUACAAAGCAUAGCUCUAUUAGAUCAAUUAGAUAAAGACAUUAAUACAUUUAGUAUGCGUAUAAGGGAAUGGUAUAGUUAUCAUUUUCCAGAACUUGUAAAAAUAGUUCCUGAGAAUUAUAUGUAUGCCAAAGUUGCAAAAUUAAUAAAAAAUAGAAAAGAACUUACAAAUGAAAAAUUAGAAGCUUUGGAAGACAUUGUCAUGGACAGUGCCAAAGCUCAAGCAAUUAUCGAUGCUUCUAAAUCAUCUAUGGGAAUGGAUAUCAGUCCUGUUGAUCUUCUUAAUAUUGAAAUGUUUGCAGUACGUGUUAUUGCUUUGGCUGACUACAGAAAACAAUUAGCAGAAUAUUUAAAAUCUAAAAUGACAGGCGUAGCACCAAAUUUAGCUACAUUAAUAGGUGAUCAAGUGGGAGCAAGAUUAAUAGCACAUGCUGGAUCUCUUACAAAUUUAGCUAAAUAUCCUGCCUCUACUGUACAAAUAUUAGGAGCAGAAAAGGCUUUAUUUAGAGCCUUGAAAACUAGAGGUAACACUCCAAAAUAUGGAUUAUUAUUCCAUUCGAGUUUUAUUGGUCGUGCAGGUACAAAAAAUAAAGGUAGAAUUUCAAGGUAUCUUGCCAAUAAAUGUUCUCUUGCAUCAAGAAUUGAUUGUUUUACUGAUACACCAACUAAUGUGUUUGGUGAAAAAUUGCGACAACAAGUAGAAGAUAGAUUGAAAUUUUAUGAAACUGGAGAAAUACCUAAAAAAAAUAUAGAUGUAAUGAAAGAAGCAUUAGAAGAAGCUGCACAAGUAAUAGCGAGUAUGGAACAAAAAUCAGCUAAAAAGAAAAAGAAAAAAGAUAAAAAAAGGAAAAGUGAAGUUUUAGAAAAUGGAAAAGAAAAUGGAUAUAUCGAAAAUGGAGUGGAAGAAGAAACUGAAGAACCAGUAAAGAAAAAGAAAAAAAAGAAGAAGUCAAAAAAUUUAAAUGAAAAUGAAUGAGAAUUUAUAUAUUAUCUUUAUAUAAUUAUCAUGCUAUAAUAAUUGUAUCAAUUUUUCUUAUUUAUAACAAUGAACAUUAUAUGUUGAAUACUUCAUUUUUUAAUAUAGUUUCAAUUGUAACUCUAUUAAUUCAUGAAAUAGUUUAUUUUUAAUCAUAUUUUCAUUGUAAAAUUAUGUUAAAAUAAGAUUGACAAUUAGAUUUAUAAUUUAAAAACAUAUUUUCAUAUAUUGCAUAUAUUGACUC